AUCACAAUGCUUUGUUUACACACGUCCGUCCACGUUCCAAUUUUGAACAUUGCGCUCAGUUCGACACGGGCGUUCGGCGCGGAAGCACGCGCGAUACGAGGACGCUCCUCGUAUUGAAUGCCGUUUUAAAAAUAGAAAACAAAUUCUUUGAAGCAAGACUUGUGGAUAUUUUGUAUUUGUUUUAGUGUUUUUUUAACUGUUGUAUACAGUGCUGUGUUAUUGAGAAUCAUGGAGCCAAAAACCUCGGUGGCGGUCGAUGAUCUCGAAUCAUGGGUGGAAUUGAACUCUGGACUGGCGACCGAGAACGAGUACAUCAGACUGCUGCGCGAGGCGCAGAGAGAGAGCAGAGACUCGUCAGUGAGACACUCCCGCGCGUCCAGUCUGAAAGGCAGCCCAAAAUCCCCACCAAACAGCCCUAAUCUGGAGCCGUCCACUGAAGAUGAGCUGAAGGGGGUUUACAUAAACUGCUGGAAGGAUGACUCCAAUGACUGGGUUUGGGAGUGGAGCAGUCGGCCUGAUCAGCUGCCGCCGAAAGACUGGCGAUUCAAGCACCCGGCGAGCGCCCGGGGCCCUCCUUCGGCCACCUCGUCCAUUGAGGUCAUAGACCAGCAGUUGGCGGUCAACAUGCAGCAGAAUCACUGUCUGUCUGUGCGCCGCUCCUGCCUGUUCAGCCGCGGCGCUCUGGCCGCGGUUCUCGUCACAAACCUCGUGUCUCUGCUGCUGGGCGCCGGCAUCGGGGUGUGGCUAAGUCGAAGGGGGAUGCUACCCCCGCGGCUUAUCAUUCUGAACUAAAACACCGUCACGCGCUGGACCGAGUUGCUGCUAUAUCACCGAUUUGCCACAAGGAAUGUCUGUAUAUUUAUUAAAUAACAUAUAUAUAUAUUCGUUAAGGGAUUAUGUUUAUAUAUAUAUAUACAUAAUUCCUGAACGAUCAUUAUAUACAUAAUGAAUAUAUACUUUAUAUAUUUAUAUAUAAAGUAUAUAUAAAUGAAAGUCUAAAAAAGUAAAAGAAAUUCUAAGAAAAAAAGAAAGAAUUCUUUAUAUAUAAAGAAAACAAAAUUACAGACAUCUUAUUCAGCCAAUCAAUGUUAUUUCUUGUAAUUUUUUAGACUUUCAUGUGUAUACAAAAAACUGGCUAAAUUUUGAGUAAAAUAUUUAAUACUUACUAAGUAUAAUGGCUCGGUGAUAAUUGUAGUUCAUUGCGGCUGGUGUGUGAUUUUUAAUAUUAUAAAUUGCGAGCAUUUCAUUAUAUAUACUAGUUAUCAACAUGGCCAAUUCGUUAUCUGAAUAUGUUAUGUAUUAAUUAUUUUAAAAAGUUGCCUUUUUGUGAGUCAAAACCGCGAACGGUGACCCGUUCGUCCACUUUGGUAACUAAACUACAUAGUUACAAAGGAAGAAUUUUUUUUGUAACCAGUUGUGAAUGAAGAACUAGUAUAUUUAAAUGUAUUUGCGCGCGUAGCUUGACUGUCGUUUUGGGUAGAUAAAAGAAUUAAAAAAAUUAAAAAAAAAAGUGUUUUUUAUAGUCCACGUACGCUGUACCUUUUGUAUUUUUUCCAAUAAUCCCUUCUUACUCUCAAAGCGAA